AAUAGCCACUGCUCCGGUAAUAGAGAGCCAAGUGCACGUACAACUUACCUGCGAGAAUGAGGUGCUGCGGCUGUUGGUUGCUUGUGGUCCUCCUGCUGGGAAUCAGCGUCCUGAGGGCGAAAGCCCGCAAAGGAGUCGGACCCGGAGAGCAGGACUGGGGCUACGUCGACAUCCGCGAGGGGGCACACAUGUUCUACUGGCUCUACUACACCACCGCGAACGUGAGCAGCUAUACGGAGCGACCGCUCAUCCUGUGGCUCCAGGGCGGACCCGGAGGUCCCUCUUCGGCAUUGGGAAACUUCGGCGAACUGGGACCCAUAGACCACAAGGGUGACCCGCGGGAGGGAAACUGGGCACAGCACGUCAACCUCCUGUUUGUGGACAGCCCGGUGGGAUCCGGAUUCAGCUACGUAGACAACACCAGCCUGAUUGCAUCUAACAAUGAGGAGCUGACAGACGACCUAAUGACCUUCAUGAUGUACUUUUACAAGCAACACAAGGAGUUUAAGGCAGUGCCGUUGCACAUUUUCACAGAGAGCUACGGCGGAAAAAUGGCACCGGCCCUGGCCAUCCGAUUGGACGCGGCCAUGAGUACCGGAGAAAUAGCCGAACCGGGAACACUACAGACGGUAACUAUCGGCAACCCUUGGAUCUCAACUCGACAUAUUUGUAAAGAGCACUCGCGGUACCUCUUUGUCAAUGGAUUAAUCGACGAGGAUGGGGCGGCAAAAAUAGAUGCUCAGGAAGACAAGAUCCUUAGCGCCCUGAAGGAGCAUGAGUUCGAGAAGGCCACGGAUGAGUACUUGGAAUGGUAUGAGUUGAUGCAGGAACUCACUGGCGAGGUGUUCCUCUACAACUCUCAAACACACGUGGAUCCAUCCGAGGAUCGCACCUAUGGUUAUGGCGAAGAGCUGACGAACUUUAUGCAGGAUAAUGUAAGCCAGGCUCUGCAGAUUAACGGAAGUGUCUACGCCUCUCAGGUUCUGGAUGUACUCACAAGCUUGCACGCAGAUCGUCUCAGAUCGGAAAUAAAUUUGGUUCCCUAUUUACUAAACAAGACGACCGUAAAGAUAAACAUUUACUCCGGUCAAUUGGACACUCUAGUACCGACAGCAGCCACCCUGGCUUUGAUCAAGGACUGGUCCUGGACCAACAAGAGUGAAUACCUGAAAGCCGAACGAACUCCUAUUGUAGUUAACGGAAGACUGCAAGGCUACAAAAAAGUUGGUGGUCAGUUCGGGAUGUACUGGAUCAAUAGGUCAGGACACUUAGCACCCAGCGACAAUCCGACAGCCAUGCAAUUUGUUCUGAAAGACGUGACUGGAUAUGACGACGACUCGUCCAAAUGAUGAGAUUCUAAACUAAGUCUGUGGACGCCGAAUACCCAGACGAACGGAUGUUAGUCUUUAGAAUUUUAAGCAAAAAUUUUAAACAAAACUCUAGCUAUGCAUUUAAUUGUGGUCAAUGUUUACCUUUAAACUUCGAAUAAACAAAAAUGGUGUUUAUAAUGA